UCUUAUCUCCGCCUUUUCUUAGAAUUACCUAUGUGGUUGGCUGCCCUGGAAUCACCAAUCUUGUCCUCUAAUAGUCAGAAACGUGGGGGAGAUUCCAUCCAGCUUGACUUUCCCCUUUGCACUACGUAGAUAAUCAUUACUAUCCUUCACCGAAGCAUUCGCGUUAAUAGCCAGUUGCUUUUGAAAUGGCAGGAAGGGCACGCUUCUCCCUGGUUACUGGAUGCGGGCAAGGAGGCAUAGGAGAAGCGCUCGUCAGGGAGUUUGCGAAACAGAACGUCCGGCCUAUCGCCACUCUGCUGCCUAACGAGCCGAGCGAACAUCUUGACCAGGCUGGGAUCCUCCAUUUCCCUCUUGACGUGACCAAGGAGGACUCCGUGAUGGAGUUGAAGAAGCAUGUACAUGCAGUCACAGAUGGUAAUCUGGACAUACUAGUAAACAAUGCUGGAAUAGCUUUUACUAUGACUGCCAUCGAUACCGACGUUUCUGAGGUGGAGUAUAUGUUCAAUGUCAACGUGUUUGGGCCUAUGCGACUGGUACACCACUUUCAUGACAUGCUCAUCCAGUCAUCUGGGACUAUCGUCAACAUUGGAUCUGUUGGAGGUAUUGUGCCAUACGUUUAUGGAUCAUCCUACAAUGCGUCCAAGGCGGCUCUUCAUCACUGGUCAAACACUCUUCGUGUUGAGAUGGCUCCUCUUGGCGUUAAAGUUUUAACAGUCAUCAGCGGUGAGAUUGGCACGAAUAUCUUGAAGAAUGAUUUCGACAGAGAGCUGCCCGAAGGAUCUUACUACUCUCCUUUAGCCCACGAAUUUCGACAGCAUGUGCGACGAACUCCAGUUACCACAAACCGCUUCAGUUAUGCCGAGAAGGUAGUUGCACAAAGUCUGAACCGAUCCGCACCAGCGUGGUUCUGGUACGGGAAGACAACAUCGUUGGUCCGCCUAUUUGAUAUUAUCGGAUGGCGUACGGUUUGGGACUACAUAUUUUGGCAUAUGUUCAAUCUUGGGAAGAUCAGAGCGAGGAAGGGUAAGAGCUGACACCAAGUACACCGUCGAAUGUUCCUCAGACGUUACUCUU